AUGGCAGAGACGGCGAGAGGGGUUCGGAGGAAAGUUAUGGCAAUGGGAGUGAAGAGUUGGAUGGAAGUUUCGGAUUCCGGCGACUCCGGCCUCCAGGACAUUGACAAGCACUCGAUCAUGCGCCGGACUGGAUUGCCGGCGCGCGAUCUUAGGGUGCUUGAUCCAAUGCUCUCUCACCCUUCUUCUAUUUUAGGGAGAGACAGAGCCAUUGUUGUUAACUUGGAACACAUCAAAGCCAUCAUCACUGCCAAACAAGCUCUCAUGAUCAACUCUUCUAACCCUUUUUUUCUUAGCUUCCUUCAAAAUCUUCAAGGCCGCAUUCUUUCUUCUACCAAUGAAACUCCAUCCCAGGCUAAGACUGCAGAGGCUGGAAAAUCAGUAGCAUCAGCUCCAAAGCAACUACCUUUUGAGUUCAGAGCACUUGAGGCAUGUAUUGAAUCUGCUUGCACGUGUCUUGAAUUUGAGACUCGAACAUUGGAGGAAGAAGCUUACCCAGCUUUGGAUGAGUUGACCUCUCAAAUUAGCUCACUCAAUCUUGAUCGAGUAAGACAGAUAAAAAAUCGUCUGGUUGCACUUUCUGGUCGUGUGCAGAAGGUAGCAGAUCAAAUUGAACAAUUGUUGGAUGAUGAUAAUGACAUGGAAGAAAUGUACUUGACACAAAAGCUUGAUGCUCGUCAGCCAUCAUCAAAGGAAGACAAUAGGUCACUUGAAGAUGAUGAUGAAAGUGAUGAUAGCAAUUCCGCUAAAGACAAAUAUUAUGGUUCUAAGCCAAAUGUCGAGGAAUUAGAGAUGCUUCUUGAGGCUUAUUUUGCACAGAUAAAUGGAGUCUCACAAAAAUUAUCCAGUUUGAGUGAGUACGUAGAUGAUACAGAGGACUAUAUCAACAUAAACUUGGAUGAUAAGAGAAAUCAACUUCUGCAGGUAGCAGUAAUAUUUAAUACAUUAAACAUGAUAAUUAAUGCUGGUAUUGUGGUUGUAGGAUUGUUUGGCAUGAAUAUUCACAUUGAACUCUUUGAUGGUCAACCUCAUCAAUUUUGGUCAGCAACAUUUGGUACAUCUGGAGGUUGUAUACUAUUAUUCCUUAUUUCUGUUUGGUGGGGUAAGAAAAGAUAUUUGCUCUCUCAAUAG